UCAUCAUCUCUCUCAUUUCUCUCUCUCUCUCUCUCUCCCUUUUUAUAUGUCUGUUUUUUUGCGGUUGCGCUGUCGUAGGUUGCCGGCGGAGAGUGGAGGAGCAUAGGGAGGCGACAUUUUUGGAGGCGGAGAAACCAAUCCCAUUUGGGGGUUUGAAUUUGGGUACCCAAUUGGGAGGAUCUCAUUUAGGGGAUUGAAAUAGGUGUUGAUUGAGUUUGAGAUGCGGCGUAGUCUUUGGAGAGUGGAUUUCUUUUAUGGUAAUGUGUGAAGAGUUUUGAAGUCUAGAUUUCGCUUUUCUUGUUUUUUCUUCCAAUUGGGGUGUUUUUAAGUGGAUUAGAUUGGUGGAUUAUUGUAUUAGAUGCAUUUAGAUUGGGACUUUGGGAUUCAAUCAGGGACUUCUGUUGGAUACUUUUGCUUUUGGGCGUUGGAUUUUCUCAUACGGCAUUGACCCAAUUCAGGGGGAAUUGAAACGACGACGUCCUUGACGUGGAUCUCGGAUCAGGAGGGCAAACCGUAGUUGUCCUUUUUAGUGUAAGAUGCAGCGGGGGAGAUCGAGAGGAAUUGUGAGUGCACGUUGAAGAGGUGGAUGGUGAUGGGGUUGAAGAGUUCAAUGGUGUCGUCGGGGAGGUCGAAGAUGAAGCUAUGGAUGAUCCGCGCAAUGACCUCUGUUUUGCUUUGGACUUGCAUCGUGCAGUUGACGGCCUUGGGGGAGACGUGGGGGCCAAGGGUUUUGAAGGGUUGGCCUUCUUGUUUCUCUCAGGAAUCUGCAUCGGUUGAUGCGUUUGGUAUCCCCAAUAAGCCUGUUCCACUUCCCCCCAAAAUAGUUCUUCCUCCUAAGAGGGUCUAUAAGAACAAUGGUUAUUUGAUGGUUUCCUGCAAUGGAGGACUCAAUCAAAUGAGAGCUGCGAUUUGCGAUAUGGUUACAAUAGCAAGAUAUUUGAAUGUAACACUUAUUGUACCUGAACUGGAUAAGACUUCCUUUUGGGCUGAUCCCAGUGAAUUCCAGGACAUAUUUGAUGUGGAUCAUUUUAUUGCAUCAUUGAGAGAUGAAGUGCGCAUAUUGAAGGAGUUGCCUCCCAGGCUCAAGAAGAGAGUGGAACAGGGAAGGAUUUAUUCCAUGCCACCAAUAAGUUGGUCUGAUAUAUCUUACUACCGUAAUCAGGUUCUUCCUCUGAUUCAAAAAUAUAAAGUUGUGCAUCUAAAUAGAACCGAUGCUCGACUUGCCAACAACGGUCAGCCUAUGGAGAUUCAGAAACUACGCUGUCGGGUAAACUUUAGUGCUCUGAGGUUCACUUCCCAGAUUGAGGAGUUGGGAAGAAAAGUUAUAAAGCUCCUACGCCAGAAUGGUCCUUUUCUUGUUCUUCAUCUCAGAUAUGAAAUGGACAUGUUAGCAUUUUCUGGGUGCACCCAAGGCUGCAAUGAUGAAGAGGUUGAAGAGUUGACAAGAAUGAGAUAUGCUUAUCCCUGGUGGAAAGAAAAAAUAAUAAACUCUGAGUUGAAAAGGAAAGAUGGUUUGUGUCCAUUAACACCUGAGGAAACUGCACUUACACUGAGGGCACUGGAUAUUGAUCCCAAUAUCCAGAUUUAUAUUGCUGCUGGCGAAAUAUACGGUGGCGACCGGAGAAUGGCUGCUCUUGCAAAGGCUUUUCCAAAAUUGGUAAGAAAGGAGACUUUGUUGGAACCUUCAGAACUUGGGUUUUUCCAGAAUCAUUCAUCUCAGAUGGCAGCAUUGGAUUAUCUUGUUUCCUUGGAAAGUGAUAUAUUUGUUCCUACCUAUGAUGGAAACAUGGCUAAAGUUGUCGAAGGUCAUCGCAGGUAUCUCGGGUUUAAGAAGACGAUCUUAUUGGACAGAAGGCUACUUGUAGAUCUGAUAGAUCAGUUCGACAGAGGAAUUCUUAACUGGGAUGAAUUCUCGUCGGCAGUGAAAGAAGCUCAUGCAGGUCGGUGGGGGAAUCCUACCAAGAGAUUGGUCAUUCCAGAUAGGCCUAAAGAAGAAGAUUAUUUCUAUUCUAACCCAGAGGAGUGUUUGCAAUUGUCAGAGGAAGGAUUCAACAGUACAUGAUCUACAUGAUCUACAUAGAUAUGUGGACUUCUGAUGAUUACAUUUCCACUACUGUUCUCUCAGCUCUAGAUUCCUUUAGUAAAGAGAGAUUUAACCAUGCUUGGGGAUUGAUCAUGAAGAUUAGUAUGAGAGAUUAACUUCUAAAGAAUCUGAGGGAAUCUGUGGAGUUGGCUGAAGAAGAUGUUUAAUGUUUUGCCGUAUGCAAUUCCUGUAUAGAAGAAGAGAGCAGAGGAGGUUAGAUUGUACACAGAAGAAGGUGCUAAUGCUAUAAUUCAUGGAGUGGAGGGGUCAAUCUAUAAUCUUUCACUUUUUUUUUUUUUGUUUUCAUUCUGUUUCUUUUCCAAUUUUCUUUUUGUUUUUCUUUUGAAUCUCAACCAUAAAUCAUGUGAUUUCGAUAGGUUUAUAUGUUCAUCAUAUACCACAAAUUACAGUAUAUUUUGACAGUUACUUUCUUCCUUGCUUCCUGUUGAUGGCUUCAGUCUGUUAAUGGAAGACUACUUCUUA